CAGAUUUGUAUACUGCAGCUACUGCUUUUUGAGCUCAAUACAAUGAUUAUCUGGAGAUAAGUAAAGUUAUUAAAAAAACAUUCUCUGAAGAUGGUAAUUCCUCACUGCAGGGGCAAUAGAUAGUGAGAAGAGAAUAUUAAUGUAAAAUAUCUAGUGGACAUAGUGGUAGGCAACCUUUUAGGUUUUACGGUAGAAAUGUUAUAUUUUGCAUAGUUUUUAAGCACUUACGAGCCGUUUUGGAGUCAAAUGAACGGCUAUUUUCGGUCAACAGAGCCAAACGCCCCGGAAGUAGUUUUUCAAGGGCAGGGCGGAAGCUGAUCGGCUUCGUCUAACAGAUUCACCUAUUCCACCUGAUCGACCCAUUCGAUCAGCUCCUGCCGGACCAUCGUUAUGACUUGAAGAACUGUCCCUUUCCCAUUGAAUCAUGAAUGACAAGCUGGUUUUCCUGGGCCUCCUGUACUUUGUGCAGGGAAUCCCCUAUGGGCUCCAGUCCUCGCUGCUCCCCGUCUACCUCCGCGGGGCGGGCCAUUCCCUCACACGCAUCGGCCUGACCAAAAUCCUCUACUUCCCCUGGGUGCUCAAAGUCCUCUGGGCGCCUCUGGUGGACCGUGUGGGCACCAAGCGGCUCUGGCUUGUGGCUACUGUCUCUGGCCUGGCGUUCACCUGCCUCUCCAGCGCCACCCUGUCCCCAGAGGCCCACAUCUGGGGCGUGGCGGGGACACUACUGGCCAUGAAUGCCCUGGCGUCGGUUCAGGACAUCGCGGUGGACGGGGCUGCUGUGGGACUGCUGAAGGGCCGUAGCGAGCUGGGCCUGGGCAACAUGGCCCAGGUGGUGGGCUACAAGGCCGGCUCGGUGUUUGCCGGGGGCGGGCUCCUGGCUGUGAUCGACGUGGUCGGCUGGGGCCCUAUGUUCAUGCUGUUGGCCUUUGUGUACUUCGGUGUGGCGCUGUUUGUGUGGGGGGCCCCCGUGCUGGAUGAUGAGCUGUUGAGGGGCCAGGCAGAGGGGAGGAGGGGUGUCCAGUCGGACGCUGUGCAUCCCUGGAGGGUGUGGCGGAAGCUGCUGUCAGUACCUGGGACGCCCUGGACCAUAAUCUAUGUUCUCACAUACAAACUGGGUGAGCAGGGAGCGGUGACCAUGUUCCCUCUUUUCCUGUUAGACAAUCACAUGACAGCACGCGAGCUGGGGUUCUGGAACGGCGUGAUCGCCAUGGGCUUCUCCAUCUGUGGCUCCUCCCUCGGCGGCCUGCUGCUCUCCCAGUUCAGUAUUGGCUCUCUGAUGAGGCGGGUGUUUGUAAUGCGGACGGUCAGCAUGGUGUUCCAGAGUUCCCUCCUGACUGUGCUGGAACCCUCCCCACUCAUGAAAGUUAUGGCUGUGUUGAGUUUGAGCGUUCAGCACUUCCUGGGCGGCCUCAUCACCACGCUCACCUUCACAACCAUGAUGCACUGCACACAGAGAGCGGAGGAGAGUGUACAGGCCACCCACUACAGUUUCUUGUCCACCCUGGAGGUACUGGGGAAGCUGAUGUUCAGUGCCCUGGCGGGGGGUCUGGUGGACUGGGUGGGUUACCCCACCGCCUUCCUCCUCUUCCUGGUUCUCUCGGCCGGUACAGCCCUCCACGUCUGGAGGGCCACGGAUACCGGGGCCCUCAGGGAACAGCUGAAAGAACAGCCCAAGCUCUUCCCCAACAGCUCAACCAUCCCUUAUGUAACUGCUUUAGCACCCCCCCAUCCAAACCAGCAAUGAUCCAUGCCAACACAAUCCCUCUCACUCAGUGGUCCCCAACCCCCUGGUCUUUGAGAGUAAUACUGUGUGCAUGCAGUUUUUAAUUGCCCAGUGCUAACAUGUCUGAUGAAGCUAUUCGAGGUGUCGAUGAUCAGUUGAGUCGUUUAACAAGGUGGGUGUGGGGUUAGAGAUUUUUCCAGGACACCGAUGAGUAGUUGUAUGGAGUUGGAGGAUUGGAUCAGUAGCAUAAGGGAUAGGGAGAACAAUAUAGGGGAAAGCUGUUAAGGGGUUAUUGGAGGACAUACCAUCUGAGCCAUUUUCAUAUAUGCCAAGCCACCAAUAAAACUUAAGCCAGCAGUAAUACUUAUCCAGGGAUAAACCAGCAAUGAAGGUUCUAUAUGUCUUAUCAGUUUGCCAUUGCACUAGUUCUGUGGCGACGUUUACCAAUCCCUACUAUCUACUACCUCUGUUUAACACUGUAAGACAUGCAGAAGCCUAGUGAGCUGUAUAGUACAACGUUUGCUAGCUCGAGAACGAUUUUGAUUAGAGAUAGCUAGCUUAAACCAUUACACAGCGUCAUCUAGUCUAGGUUUGUUAGCGCAAUUAGGGAACUAAAGCCUUACAUAAUGCAUGGUGGCAAGUUAUCAAGGAUUGGAUGGAUUUUCUUUUUUAAUGGAUUUAGGUAUUGUUUUUAUGAAUUCUGGAGGGGGAAAAACACUUGCUGCUUGUUUUUCACCUACCUGCUGAUAUUACUUGUUUCUGUUAUGUGUAAAGUUAUUAAAAAUUACACACACCUUAUCAAAUCACUUUUUAGUGGGCAUGAAACAUACAGCUGCUGAAGCAACUUACAUUGUGGUGCCUGCUUUUUGUUUACGAACGGUUCACUGGACAGGCGAGAGGCAUCGACUGGGAAAGCAACGCAAAUACUCAGCCAAUGCCUCACACCGAUCGAAUACCGUCUGUCUUUUGAUGACCAUAUCUCUCAUUGUGAUGGCUGAAUGAUAAUAUAACAGAUAGUCACAGGGAUGACAGGUCAGGGAGGUGACAUGGGACCUAGGCAGUUUCAGAUGGGGACAGCCAUGGGGACAUAGAACCAGAGCAGCCAUGUUAUGAAUUGGCAUGAAUAGCAGGGUCACUGUGACCAAUGCAGCCAAGCCCACUCUAAUGUAAAGCAUUUGUUGCAAAGCACACCCCCGUCUCUGACACGUGCUAAGAGACUUGCACAAAAAUAAAGCUGCUACCCAAAUGUC